CCAUGGCAACACUCGUUCUGCCUGGCGACGAGAUCCCACCUCAUGCGCUGCCAACUGGCACCGGGAAGCGCAAGACAUUGAAACUUGGCCCCGGACUGCGACACAUCCCACCCAGCACCGUAGUAACAACCGUCGCGGGCGCACUGGUGACCGACAACAAGAAGAACGCAGCAUCCGUAGAAACCAACAGCGGUCGAUACAUCCCCUACCCCAACGACCUCGUCAUCGCCACGGUCAACAACUCCACCGGCGAAUCCUUCAACUGCCUGCUCUCCCCGCACACCCCCUUCGCCGCCCUCCCGCACCUCGCCUUCGAAGGCGCCACAAAAAAGACCCGCCCGCAACUUCCCCCCAACUCCCUCAUCUACACGCGCAUCGUCUCCUGCCCGCGCGACAGCGCGCCCGAACUCACCUGCGUGGACCCGGCGACUGGAAAGUCCGAAGGACUAGGCCUACUCAAGGGCGGCAUGGUGUUCCCAAUUAGUCUGGGCAUGGCGAGGAGAUUGUUGGCGCCCAAGGAAGAAUUGGUGUUGCUGGAGGAGCUGGGCAAGAAGAUUGGGUUUGAGAUUACGGUGGGCAGGAACGGGGUUGUGCAUGUUGAUGCGGGGAGUGUGGGCAGGACGUUGGCGGUGGGCAAGGCGCUUCAGAGAGUGGAUGAGGAGGCCGUGGGCGAAGCGGGCCAGAGGAAGAUGGUGGGCGAGAUUUUGAAGAAGAUUUGAACAUGUAGAAGACGAGGGGUUUUUCGAAUCGCCCGUCGUGAAGUCUACAAGCCGUGGCUUUGGGAAAGUCAGGGCUCGUCCUGAAGACGUAUUCAAGACAGAUGCUGGGCAAGAACAACGUCAACGCAGACGUCUGGUCGGGCGUGGCAUGUUUAAGCCUACACUAUGGAGACGUCUCAUACCCGCCUCUAGAAGGCGUCACAGCCCGUCACAGGAGCGCAAGUUUGCCGGCAUGUCUGGCAACAAGAUGGGACUACUGUGCAUGGGAGUCGCUAAGUGACAUCACGAAGCAAGCAGGUAUCAGAGGCGCAAGGAUGAAGCGGAACACAGAAGUGUAGCAGAAACACACAAAA